CCUGUGCGGGGCGGCGCCCGCAGGGGGCGCCCGCGGGCCGGGCGGCAGGGCCGCGGCCUCCCCCUCCGUUCCCAAGAUGGCGGCGGGCGCUUGCGUGCCGGUGCGGGUGUGCCACCAGGAGAUCGUCAGGUUCGAUCUGGAGAUCAAGGCGGCCGUGCAGGACAUCCGGGACUGCCCGGGGCCGCUCAGCGCCCUCACGGAGCUCAAUGCCGCCGUGAAAGAGAAGUUCCGCCACCUCCGUGGCCGCAUUCAGGAGCUGGAACAGAUGGCGAAGGAGCAGGAUAAGGAGUCAGAGAAACAAGCCUUGCUGCGGGAAGUGGAAAACCAUAAGAAACAAAUGCUCAGCAAUCAGGCAGCUUGGAGAAAGGCAAAUCUAGCAUGCAAAAUUGCCAUUGACAACUCUGAGAAAGAUCAACUGCUGCAGGGAAGAGACUCCUUAAGGCAAAGGAAGACUACAAAGGAAAGUCUGGCAGAGAGUGCAAGUAACAUCACAGAGAGUCUGAUGGGCAUUAGCAGGAUGAUGUCACAGCAAGUCCAGCAGAGUGAGGAGACUGUGCAAACCCUCGCCAAUUCUUCACGAACCAUCCUGGAAGCAAAUGAAGAAUUUAAGUCCAUGUCUGGGACAAUUCAGCUGGGGCGGAAGCUAAUAACCAAGUACAAUCGCAGGGAGCUGACAGACAAGCUGCUCAUCUUCCUCGCCCUCGCCUUAUUCCUGGCCACAGUGCUCUAUAUUUUGAAAAAAAGACUCUUUCCAUUUUUGUAAAAUUCCAAAGAUAAACUCAAUUGUUACAAAAGAUUGCAAAGAGAUAACAGUAGGGCUUUUGAAUUUAAACCAAAAAGGGAUAUUGCAAUAGCUGAAAGAGCGUUAGAGCAAGCGUGACUUUAUACUGUCCUCAUGGAGCAUGUGACCUGUCUAAGAAGAGCUUAAAUGAACACGAGUCAGGAAGAAGGAGGUAGAUCAAGGUGUGGAAAGAAGAAACACCAAUUUGCCUGUUAGUCUGAGGAACCAGAUGAACACUUGAGGAACUAGGUACUCAAAGGUGCCAGUCUUAACUUUUAACCUCUCUUCAUUUUGCCUUGAAAUUAACUUUGGUCCUUGGCUUGGACUUGAAGCUCCUUUGACAUCUGUGUGUAAGGUGCUGAGAGUAAGAGGAAAGAUGGAAGAGAGAAACUUGCAUACAUUCCAUUAAUAAACUAUUUAUUGUAUCCACGUGAA